AUGACCGUUGAGAAUACCACAAACGGGGCCUCCCCGAACGGAGGAACCGUACGUCCAAAACUCGUCAUCGAUGAGGACCAUUACCUCUACCAGCCCAAGAGGCUUCGAAUCGUGGGAAUUGGAGCGGGCCUCUCAGGAAUCAUCUUGGCCUAUAAGGCUAAACAUGAGCAUAAGAUGACUGACGAAUACUGUGAUGUUCAGAUCUACGAGAGACUUCCUGAAGCUGGUGGAACUUGGAAACAGUGGAAAUAUCCAGGUGUGGCUUGCGAUGUCCCAGCAGCCAAUUACGCACUCACCUUCGCACCCAAUCCCAACUGGUCGCAUUUCUACAGCGGAGGCGAGGAGAUUGGAAAAUACUGUGACUCUGUGGUCGACGGAUUCGAGCUACGAGACGUAAUGUCCUUCAACUCCAAGGUAAAAUCCGCGACCUGGAACGAGGAAGACGGCCAAUGGCACUUUGUGAUUGAAAAAAACGGCCAAAUCAUCCACGAUACCGCACAUAUCUUCUUCAACGGCUCCGGUUUCACCACCGACUGGAACUGGCCCGACAUUCCAGGCAUUGACCGAUACAAAGGGAAACUAAUCCACGCAGCUCAAUGGGACACAUCUUACGACUAUACAGGAAAGAACGUCGCUCUUUUAGGAAACGGGUCGACGGGGAUUCAAAUCCUACCGGCGAUUCAACCUGACGUCAAACAUUUGACGACGUUUAUACGGUCACCGACUUGGAUCACCCCUGGCUUUGCGGCAGAACAUACUCCGACUGGUGACGGAGCGAACUUCAAAUAUCCAGACGAGCAACGCGCGCUGUGGAGGAAGGAUCCAGAGGCAUAUUUCAAAUAUCGGAAACAGAUGGAAGAGGAAUUCAAUCUGGCUUAUAACUUUACAAACGCCAACUCGGAGUUGCAGAAACAGAGACAUGAGCUGGUCAAACAGAUGAUGGAAGAGGGUUUGAAAGAUAUGGAUCCGGAGUUGAGAAAGAAAUUGAUUCCAGAUUGGGCUGUUGGAUGUCGAAGAAUCACACCCGGCGAAGGCUACCUAGCCGGCCUCCAAAAACCCAACGUCAGCAUCGAAAUGAACGAAAUCACCGAACUGACAGAAACGGGUCUCAAAGUUAGCAGUGGCAAAGAAUACGAAUUCGACUUGAUCAUCUGCGCCACCGGCUUCGACGCUAGUUUGAAACCACAUUUUGACAUUAUCGGAGAAAAUGGCAAGAAAUUAGGUGAUGGAUGGGUUCAAGAGGAUGGUCCACCAUGUUAUAUGGGAAGAUGUUACAGUGGAUUCCCCAAUAUGUUCAUGAGUUUAGCCGCCAAUUCCGUCUUUGCACACGGCAGUCUCAUUCCAGCUUUGGACUUGGGUGUGGAUUAUAUGCUUCGAGCGGCGAAGCGUAUGUCAGAAGAAGGGAUCAAGUCUAUGUCGCUUAAGCAAGAGGCUUGGGAAGAGUUCGAUGCGUACCAGCGUGAAUUCAAUAAGCGGACCGUUUGGGAGACGCCUUGCCGGUCAUGGUAUAAAUCAAAUACUAAGAAUGGCAAAGCUCUUCAAUAUCCCGGUUCGGUGCUACACUUCCGUCAAGUCAUGGAUCGUAUCCGGUGGGAAGAUUAUAAUCUCAAAUACUGGUCUGGAAAUCGAUUCGUGGAUUUGAUGAGGAAUGGUUUGACCGGUGUUGAGGUCAAUGGUGGAGACACAGCAUACUAUUACUUUGACCAAAGACCUACAAAGGCCUGUGGCGAAGAGUAUCAAGGGAGGGACAAAAUUGUCACGCGUGACAUGCUAACGGACGAAAAGGAUGGCGUCCCGGGCAAACAGACUGUGACUGAAGUUUCAGGAAACAUUAUCAGUGUAUAG